AUGAGUGAUGAUGAGUUUUUCCAAGACAAAGGGAGUAGCUCGUUACAGUACAUCAAGUGCAAGACGAGCACAAAGAUUGAUGAUAUUUUGAAGAGGAGGAGAAAUAAGUUAACCAACGGGGAGAACGGUGAUGGAAGCAGAGGGGGUAGCCCGAAUGAGGUAUCUUCUCCAAAAUACAAUCCAAGUGCAGGAAAAGAAAAGGAACACCACAUCGAAGGGAGUAAAAAUGUAGAUGAUGAAAGGUAUUCGAAAUGGGGAGAAAAAAGUGACAGUGAAGACCGGAGGAGCAGUUACCAUCUGGAAGAUGUGAACAAAUAUCUGACAAAGCAUAGUCAUGCAGGAGUUUUGGAUGACGAAGGAGAGCUCAAAAUAGGAAGGAAUUACACACAACAUAGUUACAGUUUAGAGAAGAAAAAUUUCGCAAAUGAUUCUGUUAAGGAUAUUUAUUCGUAUGAUGAAAAAUUAAAAAAAGAGAAUAUUAAAAGUUGCAUAAAUUUUUCCACUUGUAAUGAUACAAAAAGGAGCCAAUUGGCAGCGUCAAAAUCGAUGGACCAUUUAAACUUACAAGGGGGAGAAAAAAAUGGCAUUCCAUACUAUCAGCAUAAUGGAGAAGAGACUGGAAGUUACACAGAGGAUAUCCUUGGGGGUAAAAUAAACAACAUAUAUAAGACACCAAGUACAGAAGUACUUUUGAGAGAGAUAAAAAGUAAAGGACAUGAAGACGAAAACGUACUUCACAAUGGUAAGGAUAUCCAGGGAGAAUAUGAUAAAAGUUACGAUGAAAACAUGGAAGAUAUUUUUGCAAAUUUAAAUAACAUCUACCUGAAUGAUGUAGAUUUAAAUAAAACGCCAAGUAAAAGUUUUUCAAGGAGCUAUUUCGAAUACUUAAAGUUUGAAACAGCGGGGAAGAUGAAUAUGAGCGAAUUGGAAACUCCCGCAAAUUUGAAGGACGAAAAAGAUGAUGAGGGAGCGAAUACGCCAUUUAUUACAUAUUACUUGGCUGGGAAGACAAGCAAAAAUGGACUUGAAGAAGAGGUAAAUCUAGAACAUUCAUGUAAUGAUGAAAAAAUUAGUGGGAAUGAUUAUUUGCCACGAACAGAGGAACCACACAUAAUUGAACAGUUAGCAUCGAAAGGGGAAGAGGGGAAUGCAGUGGAUAGCCAUUUUGUUACGGAGGAGGAAGUCGGUGAUGUUUCCCAUUUGGAUAGAUUUAAAAGUAUAAUUGUUAACCAGAAUGAUGAUACCAAAUAUAGGAGAAGCUACAACGGAGGAGGUGAAUGUGGAAGCCUUCUUAAGCUUGCCAGUUCGAAAAAAUACAACUUCAUAAAGACAGAAGAGGAAUAUAAAGAUAUAUUGAGAGAAAAAAAUGGGGAGCAAGAAAUUCCAAAACGUAGCGGAAGUACUAGUGGAAGAAUUCCACAAAAUGGAAAAGUAGAUGUUUUGGAGAAAAUGAUCGAAAACAAUAACGUAAGUUUUAAUGACAGCAUAUUUUUAUCAAAUCAAUUUCACAUAAUGAAUACAAAAUCAUUUCGAGAGAAUCUGUUCGUCAAUACCAGGGAGCGCGACAGGGAGAGUACCGUGCCGCUGCAGGUGGGAAAGAAUACAAGUGAUGCGUUACCCCCUGGAUCUGAAAUGAGAAGAAGUUUUAUUUUAAGAGAAAACACGGAUUUAGCUAAUUCAUUAAUGGAUAAACCAGGCGUUUAUACAUUCUCCCAGGGGGAGGAGGCAUUGAAGAGAGGAGAUCCCAAUUAUGGCAGUCUAUGGAAUGGGAACGUAGAUCCCCAGGAUGACAAAUCCUUUGGUGUAAGCAAAAACAAUUUGAUGGUUGACUCAAUGAUGGUGGACAAGUAUCAAACAGGAAUUAAGGAAAUGGAUGAGUUUGCAAUCCAUCGGAGUGGCACUUUUGGGGAUAUAAAAAAAAGCAUCAACUUGACAAGCAAGUUGGAUAAGGUUCUCCACACAGAUGUGCAUAUAAGUGAAUAUAGUAAGGGAGGUGAUAAGGCUCCGUUUCGUUUUAACUCUUUAAAAAGGAGCACUGUAAAUUUGACCAACCAGGAGGAAGACAACCAUAGCAGAAACGCGAGUGAGUUCAGAGAGGCCAAUAAGAAUAUCAGUUACAAUUCCGGAAGGAGCUAUAACAAUAUGAACGACUUGGAUGCGGAGGGGGGAAGACUAGCCGAUAGAAACGAUGUUUCUAAUCCUAAAAACGGAAUCGAUUUCACCAAAUUUAGAAAUCUGCAGAAACACAGUCAGGAUGGGAGCAAUGGUCUUCUUCACAACACACACAAGUACUCAGUCGAAGGAAGAGAAAAAAAAAAUUUCUCCAACUGUUUUGAAAAUGCGUAUCUGAGAAGUAGUCAUUAUAUCGAUGAUGGGGAGAGGAUGUCAAGUUAUGCGAACGAUGUUAGAAAAAAAAAAAACAUCACAGUAGAUAUUGGGGGAGUGAAUAAACAUACGCGCGAUAGUGUCGGCUUUAUGGAGAUAAACAACCCACAUGAAUUGCAGUCUUUUGGGCAUGCACAAAUGGAGCCUAGUGAAAAGGGGAGUCUAAUGUACAGAAAUGUAGUCAAUAGCAACUCUUCCAAUGUGAUUAUACCUACAGAUGUAAUGACGAAUGAACAGCUGAGUGAGCGCCAUGGAAUGAGCUUUUAUAGUGGUCCUUUGGUGGAGAGAGAAUUAAUAAUUCCUAUGGAUAAGAGAGGCAGUGUGAACAAGUUAGGGGAGACAGCUGAUUUCGGGGGGAAGGAAAGUAGUGAACUCUCUGAAUCUAGAAAUAAUGACAACACGGUUAGGAUUAUAUCUAGCGAGGGAUAUAUUCCUGACAAGAGGAGGGAAAUCAUCGACGGGCGUGAUUUGAGGGAGUACUGGUUCGACUACAUAAAUAGCAGCCUUGGUAGCGUCAAUGCGAAUGACAUACGUGGAUUGAUAUUUUGCAAUUCGCAAGGGUGCAUCAACAAUAGCGCUACCAACAAGAAACACAUGAUGGGGCCCACCUCAAACCAGACACAAAAAUCUACAUGUGCAGUACCAGGAGAUGUCUCCAACAACCGUAUUAGUGAAGACACACUGGCAGAACUCAUCCGAGAAAAGAUAAAGUGCAGCAUAAAUGAUGUAGUCGAGAAGUUACUGAGUCAGGGAAAGAGUUUGGACAUAGUGAGAAAAGAACUUCUGAAGGAAGUGGAGAAGGAGCCCAGUUUGAGUCAUACACCAGAGGGGUAUUACAAGAAGGGGCAUUGUAGUAGUGGAGUGAAAUGCGACCAAGGAGGGGCAGACGAGGAUUUCUCUCCAGUUGAAACGGUCGAAAAUGAGCUGACGGGGAAAAAGAACGAUCUUAUUUGUAACAAGGAAGUGAGUGGAACCACUCGUGAAGCAGUAAGGGGGGAAGUCGAUCAGGAAAAGGGGAGCAUGAAGAUAGUACGAUGCACCGAGGAGCAUGUAGAAGGGGAUAAUUCAGAACGGAGCAGAGAACGCAUGAGAACAAUAUCGAACAAAGAAACAGUUCAUCUAGAUGAGGAAGACAUGGAAGAAAUUGAGAAGCUGAAUAACCAUCUCAAAUUGAACAAAAUAAAAAAAUCAGUAAACCUGCAAAAGGAAGACGAAGAAAGGAAUGAAGUGAAAUGGAAAAAUCUCCUUUACAAUUGUAUAGACAUAAUUUAUUUACUGACGAAUGAAAAUAAUGCGAAAAAUAAAAAAAUGAAUUCCCUGCUAGGAGAAAUAAACAAGUUGAACGAAUAUGAGAAGAAGAUAGAGAUUCUGAAUGAAGAGAAUGAAAAAUUGAAAGUACAAGUUCUGCAGAAAAACGAACUUGUAAAAAAAAGGGAUAUCAAAGAAAGGACGAAUUUAAACAUUAAAAUUGCCGAACAAGCGAAAAAAAUUGCCAAUUAUGAAAAGGAUAUUAACAUAUAUAAAAAUAAAAUCAAUAAAUUGAAUAACAAAAUAAGUAACAAGGAGAGUGAAUUAGACAAGUUGAAAAAUAAGUACCAGGUAAUUUUGGACGAAACUGAAAAGUGCAAGCAGGAUGCAACCACUACUUUGAAGCAGGUACUGAACAAAAAACACACAACCUUGGUUGAUAAACAAUGUCUCGACAUUUCCAAAUAUUACGAGGUUGAGAUGUGCAUGCUUAAUAAACAAAUCAAAAAUUUGAAGGAUCUCCUUAAGAGUGAAACCAAGGAGAAAAUCAUGCUCAGCAAGAAGCUCAGCGAAUGUUCCGAGGAGAGCACACAGGGUGGGCAAUCCAAGGUGCAGUACAAGGCCCAUUCCAAAGCCAAUUCUUAUGCCCACUCCAGUGAUGAUGAGGAUGGGGAGGAAAGAGGCAGAGAGGCCGCACCUCAAAAGGGUGGCCCAACGCAGGGAGGCACGCGUGAACAAACAAACGAAGGCACAUACAAAAAAAUGUGCCAAAACUUAUUCAACGAAAUGAAUGAAAUAAAAAAAAAUUUUGACAAUCAGAAAAUUCUGUAUGAUCAGAAAAUUGAGCAACUAGAACAAAAACAGGAGCUGCAAAAUAUUAAAAAUAAAUUGGACGCAUCAGAGAAAAUUGUAGAAGUGUACCAAAAUAUUUUUCGCGAAAAUGUGAAUUAUAUAAAGAGUGAUAAUCUGCAAAAACGGGAUUUAAGUCAACCCAUGGUUGAGAUGCAUCCCCAGGGAGACGGGAAGAGUUACAGCCACCACCUCCAAAGCCAUGAGAAGGAUAAUUCUAAUAGUCAGAUGAAUGCCCCAUUGACAUCUUGUAAUAUUCCUGGGGUCUCUGCAGAAUUCACCAUGAGCAGUCUCCAAAUGGGAAGUGAGUCAGGGGGUGGUCAUCUCCUGUCGCCCGGGGUUAAUAGCGCCGCUUGGGGAAGUGUUGUACCCUCAGUGAGUGGUAAUAACAUGGCUGGAAGUAUUGGUAUGGCCAGCGGUCUAGUGUCAGGCAACGCAUACAACAUGAACACGAGUACUCACCACAACUACUUGAACGAGUUCGUAAAGAUGUACCUAGAAAAGAACCCGAUCAGUGAAUCCAACAACGGGUUCAAAAUUAGUGACUUCACAAAAUGGAAUGAAAAAUGCACAGAAAAUAGGCCCAAUAUUGAAUACAAAAUUAAACACCUACAUGAAAGCCUAAUGAAAAUUGACAAGACAGAAUUGGUGAAUAUAUUUAUAAAUAUAUGUAGCGAAUUAAAAAUUGAGAACAUUUUUUUCGUAAUCCAUUUUAUAAAAUUUUUGUCGUUUAUAGUGUAUGAACAAUUCCCCUUAUUCACUUCCUUCUUCUACAAAAUGGCCUCGAUAAUUUCGAUAAAUUCUAGAAAAUUUGAUGAAUACAUAGAUGUGAUAAAAAAGUGGAAGAGGCACUACGUGAAUGGGGAGAAAUAUUACUUGUUCCGGAAAAAUGUGCUUUUAAUUUUUCAAGCAAAUUUGAAGGAUGUCAAAAAAAGCGACAUGGACAGAGUUUGCUUGAACCUUGUGAGAAGUUUAUACCAGAAGAAUUUGGAAAUGUCCAAAUAUUCCAAUGAGUCCUUCGAAAAGGCCGAAUACAUUCUGAACAAACAUUCCAAGGAAAUCAUCAGCAAAAUCAUUAAGACGUACAUGAACCUCUACAACAUCGACAAAAUCAGCAACAUCAUCCCUCACAUGAAUUCUAUGAACUCAAAGCUUAAAACGCAGUCCUACUUUGUCAGGUCCAUAUCGUCCUGCUUGAAUCUGAGCAAAACGGAUAAUUUUCAGGAGAUCGAGCAGAAAAUAAAAGAACUGGCUGCAACCAAGGGGAUAAACGAAAAGAUAAAGAACAGAAUAAACGUAGACGAAAUGGAUGAAUAUUUGGCGGCAUAUACCAUUAUGGGUACGCUAAAGAAGUACUUGAACGUUACCCUCACUCAGGACCUAUUGCCCUCCAUCUCGAAAAUCAUUCAGAAGAACAGGUCAUCUCAGUAA